GUCAACCCGAGAACAUGAUGCCUCUGUGCAAGUCAACUCGUGUGCUCUGGAGCUGAUAGAGGCACCUCAACCUGAAAUAUCAUAGCUCUAUUGUAUCAGAGAUCGUAUUGUAUCAGCUCUCAAGUUCAGCAAAUGGGCUGCUUCGUAUCAUCGGACUGACCGAAAGUGUCGCCACUUUGGCGAUUAGGCUGACAGGGCGACAGGAAUCAACUUUUAAUGGACACGCAUCGAGCGGCAGAAACAGCAGCAGUGGCGGCGGCAGCGGGCGUUUUGUUUUCAUUUCGUCUGGAAGUGUAGCUGCUCGCCAGCUUGAGCCCCUCGUGUGUGUCCCUUCUCGUCUGGCUACCUCACUCUUUUCACUCGCAGCCCCAUUUAGAACAGCAUGGUCAUGGCUGACAGUGCUCAAAAGCCGCUGAUACGAGGUCCGGUCCGGGUGGGCUUCUACGACAUCGAGCGCACUUUAGGAAAGGGCAAUUUUGCAGUCGUCAAGCUGGCCCGACACCGCAUUACCAAGACAGAGGUGGCCAUUAAGAUCAUUGACAAGACGCAGUUGGAUGCUGUGAACUUGGAGAAGAUCUACAGAGAGGUGCAGAUCAUGAAGAUGCUGGACCACCCGCACAUUAUUAAGCUGUACCAGGUGAUGGAGACCAAAAACAUGCUCUACUUGGUGACAGAGUAUGCCAAGAAUGGGGAAAUCUUUGACUACUUGGCAAAGCACGGGCGUCUCAGUGAAUCUGAUGCCAGGAGGAAGUUUUGGCAGAUCCUUUCGGCCGUGGAGUAUUGCCACAAUCGUAACAUCGUUCACCGCGACCUCAAGGCUGAGAAUCUGCUGCUCGAUGGACACAUGAACAUCAAAAUAGCAGAUUUUGGAUUUGGAAACUUUUUCCAGCCGGGCGAGCCUCUGACCACAUGGUGCGGCAGUCCUCCGUACGCUGCUCCUGAGGUUUUUGAAGGCCAGCAGUAUGAAGGUCCACAGCUGGACAUCUGGAGCAUGGGAGUAGUGCUGUAUGUCCUGGUAUGUGGUGCUUUGCCUUUUGAUGGACCAACUCUGCCUGUGCUUCGACAACGAGUUCUUGAAGGGAGGUUUCGUAUCCCCUAUUUUAUGACAGAAGACUGUGAGCACUUGAUACGCAGGAUGCUGGUGUUGGACCCGUCAAAGCGUUUGUCUGUGGCCCAGAUAAAGGAGCACAAGUGGAUGGCCCUGGACGUCCCCGUGACCAGGCCUGUCCUGUACCAGCAGCAAGUGCCCGCAGAGGGAGAGGGGGGGCUGGGCGAGUACAGCGAGCAGGUGCUGCGGCUCAUGCACAGCCUCGGUAUCGAUCAGCACAAGACCAUAGAGUCUUUGCGGAACAAAAGCUAUAACCACUUUGCUGCUAUCUACUAUCUGCUGGUGGAGCGUCUCAAGGCCCAUCGCUGCAGCUUCCCGGUGGAGCAGAGGCUGGAUGCCCGACAGCGGCGGCCCAGCACCAUCGCAGAGCAGACCGUUGUCAAGUCAACCAGCGCUUCGGCCCAGGUGGGCUUGCUGCCUCAGGGGGUCCGGCUGUUGCGCUCGCCUGCCGUACCCCAAACCUCCUCUGAGGCCUUCACCUUCUCUCAAACCCCCAAUCCCCUGGAGCACAGUUUCAUGGUCGAAGACGUCAACACACCCAAAGUGAACGGCUGCAUGCUGGACCCACUACCCCCCUCCACUGUCCUACGCAAGUCUUCCACCUCAUCUCCUAGCAACAUGAUGGAGACGUCAAUCGAUGAGGGCAUUGAGACAGAGGAGCCCGACACGGAAGACGACCCGCCCCACUUGCUCUCAGCUUAUCAGACGGCUCGGUUUGGCCAACGGAGACACACCCUCUCCGAAGUCACCAACCAGCCAGGGCAAAACCAAGGCAAACUCUUCGCUGUUGGCCACAACCCUUCCAUGGGCAGUGUGGACUCGGACAUUGGCUAUGACAUGGGCUCGGUGCAGAGUGACCUUGGUCUGUUGGAGGAGCCUUCACCAGUCACUGAAGUCGUCCCCGGCUCUGGACCGACACAAUACCUUAGCGCUCAAGCCACAAACCCAGCUAUGGCCGCUCUGACGUCUCACCACAGGGAGGCGCACAACCGCUCACCCAUCAGUUUCAGAGAGGGCCGACGCGCCUCCGACACCUCCCUCACUCAAGGAUUGGUUGCUUUCCGGCAACAGCUCCAGAAUCUUGCGAGGACCAAAGGCAUACUGGAGCUGAACAAAGUCCAAAUGCUUGUGGAGCAGAUGGGCUCUGGAGAAGGGGCCACUAUGGCGCCCCUGGGACCACAGCACCACUUGCACAAUCUCCUGGAGGGCGAGGCGUCCAAGCAGCACCAGGGGCUUGCUAUGUACCAAAGUGGUCCCCAGCCACCUCUCUUGUCCCGCAGACAGAGCUUGGAGACACAGUACUUCACACAUAGGCUUCAGGCAAGUGUCAUGGCUAACAGUCCUGCUAGCUGCCAGCUUUUCUGUAAGGAGACUCCUCGAAGUUUAGAGCAACAACUGCAGGAACACAGACUGAACCAGAAGCGGAUGUACCUGCAGCAGCAGUCACAGGGAAUGGGCCUGCAGACCUACUUCAAUCAGAUGCAGAUAGCUGAGGGCUCCUUCUCUCCUGGUGGUCCUGCAGAGCAGAGCACCUCCCAUCAGCCACAGCCAGGACCUGCCCAGGCCUCCUCUCCCUUCUACCAUCCGCACAGCCUGAGCCCCUUGCUGGAGCCCAGCGAUGGGCUGCUGUACGAGCCUUACAUGAACCCCCAUCACUACCCCUCUCACAUGACUCCCUCGCUCCAAAUCAACCCCCUACAGUCGGAUGUCAGUGCUCUGGGCUACAGCUACCACCCAGGCUGUGAGCAGCCACUCUGCCCCAUGUCCGCAGAGGCCCUGACAGAGCAGUACGACUUCCCCCUGGAGACGUGCCCCAUGCCCCCCUCUGCAUCCGAGGGUGAUCCUGCAGCCGAGCUGCAGGCCUCCAUCCUGGACACUGAGAUGAUGGAGACUGUGGACUCUCAGCACGGCUUUGUACUGGUCAACUGAAGCUACAGUGUGGCUCUCAUUUCAAAUCAGUGUUAAGCAAAGAGAUGUCUGGCAGCAUUAUAGAGAUGUAAGUGGAGGUCAUGUGCAACAGGGAAGGAAUGACAAGUGUUAAUUUUUGUAUGACUAGUACAAUCUGUUUCUUAGUUGUCAGGAUCUUUGUACCAAAAUCCUCCCUUAGCCUACCUCCCCUUCUCGCUGUUCUCCUGUCCUCCACACUCGGAGGCAGCAGCAGAUGUACUGCUCAGCGCUGUACCUGAGAGGAUGGAGCGCCUUGUGAAGGAGGGACUGCAUAUCCACAUAUGCGGGCCAUGCAUGAAUGGUCAAAAGUGGACUCAUUUAAGACUAGCAACCAAAAGCACAAAGGCUAGUAGUGCUUUUUAUAUUUGAAAUAGGACACAGCAACAAACAACAGACUGUUUAUUGAAAUCUAUUUGUGGAGUUGCUUUUCAAAAAUAACAUUUGAGAAAGGAGCCCUCAUUUGUCUUGCUGUUGUGAUGCACACCACACAUUCUAAACAAAUAGACUUUUAUUGAAUGUAAACAUUUGAAGUGUUGCUCUAUGAAGCCUCUAAUUUCCACAAUGUGCACUUGAGCCUAAACUACAUUCUGACUUAUGAAGUACCAAUCAUGUACAUUUUUCUUCAUUUUAAAACAUGUAACUACUGAAUCUAAUGGAGCUUACACUACUGAGCUACUUCCCCAACUUCCAGCAGAGGCUGCACACUGUCAUUACACUUAGUGCUAAUCGCAGAUGUUUCUCAAAGAGCUUGCACAUUUGUUUUAUAGUUAAAACUGUGGAUGCUGCAUUAGCAGAUAAAUGAGGGCUGAUGUAAUUAAGAAUGAAGUAUGAGGUUGUGGUGUUAGACUCUCAAAUAUAAUCAUGUGGCAAUACUGAAGCAAUAUAUUAUAAUCCUUGAUGUGUAGGGAUUAUGAAUGAUGCCUCACCUGUACUUGUAUUGGUUCCCAGGACCUUUUGUUUAGCGCAGUGACAUCACUGGAGCAGAUGAAGUAACCACAGAUUAUGGCUCCGGGCCGGAGCGUGUGGGAUAUGUGUGUGUGUUUGAGUUUGAAAGUGAUUCUUUUGCACAAAUCUGACUUCACCUCUUCAAAUCUGUAUUAUUUGUUUGUCAUGGAUCAUAAAUGACACAGUAUUGCACCAGUGCACAGUUGUAGCUUAGAUGCUGCUCGUUCUUGUGGACAUCCUCUGUGCUCCAGUCAUGUCUCUGCUUUGACCCAAUGAAGUCUUUAAUCGUGUUUUGAAUCUCAGAAUGAGCCCCUAAGGAUUCCAAACAUUAGUUUCUUUUAAAGAAUGUUUGUCCUGACGCUGUGGGUGCUUAGGCACCUGUAGGACAGAGUUCAUGUGACAGCAAAUUCACAUCAUGACGGAGCCCGUUUUCUCAGCACAAAAUGACACAUGUAAGCAUGUAUGUGAUCAGAGCCUCUCUGAAACCAUACUCUAAUGUACACCGUUAUUUUUAUAGUGAUUGCACGUUGUGGCAAUGGCUAUAAUUUAUGGACCAACUAUGGUUGUAGUCCCAUGCAGGGCAUAAAGGAGAAAUCCACCACCUUAAGCUUCAAAACUCUACUCUUUAGAGAUUUACAAAUGUCAUAAUGAAGGGUCUAAAAUGCUCAUUUGAAUAUCAAAUAUUUACAUUUUUCUUAUGAUAAAGCAUCUCUUAAGUGGUAUAACAAAUUAUGACCAUAAUGAAUGUUGAGACAGACACUAGUAGCACUAUUUACAUUAAAGCCCCACCCCCUAAGAAUGCUGUGAAGUGUUCUUCAUAUUAAUGAUUAUACCUCCUUCUCUCCACAUGAUAAAAGGACAAAAGGCUGGAUUUCACCUUUAGGUCCAUGUAUAUUGUUGUCUGUUGUAUUUUUGAACCAGGGGUUGAUCUGUGGAAGUCAAAUACUGGAGCACUUUGAGAACAAGGGGGAAGGAGAGCUGAAAGCGGUUGUAUCUGUCAUUUCCUGUCAGAUGAAACAAAGUGAAAUCCAUAGGAAACACCUUUCUCCUCUCUCUUCCUCAUGAAUAAUGGACACAAUACACACAGUAAUGUUUUAUGUGAUUGUUUAUUUAAUCCAUGUGAGCAACACUUUGUACAAAUUAGGAGCGUAUGGGUCUUCAGCGCACGCUUACGACUCACUUUGUGUUGAUUAGUGUUCCGUGUGCCUUUUACUUAUUUUCAAUCAAAAUUCAAGCAUUGUUGUGUUUUUUACCCUUUUCAGGAUUAUUUUAUUAUAUUUUUGAAAACCUGAGUAGAGCCAGGUUUUUUACUAAGGUACAGAAAACCAAAGUCCCUCAGAUGUUUCCUUGUACGACCACCAUGUGGAGUCAGCUUCUCUACCGUACCGCUUCUUGUUGGUCAAUCAGUGUACGCCAUAUUAAAGUAUUAUAGCAAUAUCUCUCUAGUUGAAUACUUAAAA